CUUCUACUAUGUUGCUUCUUCUUCCCCUCUCCCCCCUUCUUCUUUCUUCUUCUUACAUCUUACCUGUAAAUAUUGUUAGCCUUCAACAGCCGUCUUUUCUGCCAUAAGCUUUCCUUGGUAAAUAUCAUGGCUUCUGCCACCGGAAUUCCCCAAGAACAUCCCCAAACUAUCGAGGCCCGAGAAGAUGAGCCACUCUUGGGUAGACGGGGUGACGUCGUCCAAAGGGAGAGUGACUAUAUUCUCUAUAACCUGUUUACCGGUACGGCCAGCCUGGCGCAGUUUGGCAUAUGGAUUAUUGCCAUCCUCGUUUGGUCAGGAAUCUUCUCCCAUGAGCUGAUGCUCUUCUCUGCUCAUCCGCUCCUUAAUUCAUUUGGGCUCCUCCUUCAAGUCCAGGCUGCACUCAUCCUGCAACCUACCGUGACGCCCCAGCAAAAGCUCAAAGGAACGCGCAUCCAUUACGCCAUCCAAGCCGUCAGUGUGGCCGCCUUCAUUACCGCUUUGAUCGUCAUUGAAGUCAACAAAGGCAACCAUCAACGCUUCACAUCACCCCACGGAGUGAUGGGCCUGGUUACCUAUAUUCUAAUCAUUGUGCAGGCCACCGGGGGAGUCAUUCAGUACUUCAUCCCGGUGAAGGUCUUGGGAAGCGAGGACAAUGGUAAAAGGCUCUACAAGUACCACCGUCUAUCGGGAUAUGUCUUGCUCGUUCUGGAACUCGCUACUGUCGCUGCCGCCACGCGGACGACCUUUAACUUGGCUGUACUGUCGAUCCCCCUGUGGGCUGUGAUUGUGGGCGCAGUCCUGGUUAUCUCGGGUGUUGGGUCAAGGGUCAAGAAACAUAAGUUGGGCCUGUGAAUGUGAUAACGAGGGUAUAUGAAUUAUGAGGAUAUGAUAAUCGCCUGGUUUUAUGCUGUUUGUUUUUUUGCAUUUAGUUUUUGCUUCGACAGUGGGAGAUCAUGGAAAGAGUGAUACAUUCUUGCACAUGCAUUCAUACGUGGAAAUAUUAACUAGGGCUUCAGACUGAGAGGCUAUGACUAAAAUGGUACUGCAUGGAACAAAGACCAAAGAUUUAGGGAUUUAUAAGGAUUUGAAGAAGGAUGGGAUGAUCAUAUUAGUUUUAUAGAGUCGAUCAGUGACCAACUCCCAAAGGGGAAAAGUGCGCAACUCCACAUCUU